AUGGAGGCCUGGUUCGUGUCCAUGUGCUUCUGCCUCGCGGUUGUCUUCCACCAAGCUUCCGCUAUCAGCGGAGGGGCAUCUGUUCCCACUGUGCUCAAGGUUGGAAGGAAAGAGAAGCUCGACCUUCCAGGAACCGUGCCCCGGACUCAGGGUCGCCUGGUGGCAUCUCCGGUCUCGUUCCCAUCGGGCAUGAAGGCGCUAGCAGACUAUGUGCACAGCAAGGGGCUCAAGCUGGGGCUCUACUCCGAUGCUGGGAGGCGCACGUGCAACGGCAAGCCAGGGUCAAUCGGGCAUGAGGACGUUGACGCCCUCACCUUUGCUGACUGGGGAGUGGACUAUCUCAAAUACGACAGCUGCGACAGCGAUGGAGCUCCCACCCGGACAGGCCACACGGCCAUGCGCAAUGCGUUGGAGGCCACUGGGAGAGACAUCUCGUUCUCAAUGUGUGAAGGGGGACAGGACAGCUCUGCUCUGUGGGCGUAUGGCGUGGCAGAUCCCUGGCGCAACACCCUUGCCAUUGAUGACACGUGGAGGAGUGUGACUUGGGUUUCGGACGCCAACAGCAAGUGGGCCAAAUAUGCCGACCCUCGCAGCUGGAAUGACUUGGACAUUCUGCAGGUGGUGAAGUUGGGCAAGGGAGAGUGGGUGCACCAUGUGCACUUCAAUCGCUGGGCCAUCAUGAAGGCGCCACUCCUGCCGGCCUGCGCUCUCUCUGCUGCAUCGAAGCCAGCCAUGAGCAUCCUGAGCACCGAUGAGGCCAUUGCUCUCAACCAAGAUUCAUUGGGAGUGCAGGCGCAGGAGUUGCAGCUAUCCAAGAAUUCCUCAGUAAAAGUCUGGGUGGGGUCUCUAUCUGAGGGUCGGAAAGUGGUGGCAUUGGUGAACCGUGGUGUGAGGAGCGAGAAUGUGACUGUCACCGCCGCUGUCGGGUGCAGGAGUAGCCUGCUAGGUGCUGCUCGGUUCGAGACGGUGGGGGGAAAAGAGUGGGCGUGCGGAAAACAGCGAAUGCUGGGUGCAAAGCAGCGCACGGGUGCGGAGCAGCAACGUAGUCGUACGUUGGGUGCGGAGCAGCAACUUAGUCGUACGUUGGGUGCGGAGCAGCAACGUAGUCGUAUGUCGGGUGCGGAGCAGCAACGUGGUAUUACUCUCCUUCAUUGGGUCGCACCUUACUUCUUCCGACCACCCAUUCCCUCUCUCACCCAUUUAUGCUCACCCACCACCACCAACCGUUCCUUGGUAACCCAUCCCCUCUUCCCCCUCGCACCCAUUUAUGCUCACCUAACCACUACUCUGAUAAACCACCACCAACCGUUUCUUGGUAACCCAUCCCCUCUUCCCCCUCUUCUGCCCGUCCCCCUUCUUCCCUUGUCACCUUCUUCUCUUGUCACAUUCUCCUCUUCUCCUCUCCCCCCCUCCUCCCCUUCUCCCCUUGUCCCCAUCCCACCUUCUUCCUUCUCCCCUUCCCCUCUUCCCCCAUUCCACCGUCCGCCCUCCCCUUUCCGCCUGCAUGCCCCCACCUUCCCCCUCGCGCCCUUCCUAGAUGUCUCCUUCUCAGACGCCCUCCGUGUCUCCUGGGUGACUCGCUAUGCCUUCCUGCACCCAUUUGUCCCCCACCUUUUCCCCUCCCCCACUCCCCCCCCUCCCUCUUCCUCCCCUUCCUUCCUCAUACCACCAGCUUCCGGCCUCCCUGCAUGCGUCCGCCUCCCCCCUCGCGCCCUUCCUGGACUUCUCCUAUUCCGACGCACUCUAGGGGAGGAGGAGGAGGAGAAGGAGGAGGAGGGGAAGGAGGAAGAGGGGGAGGAGGAGGAGGAGGAGGAGGAGGAGGAGGAGGAGGAGGAGGAGGAGGAGGAGGAGGAGGAGGAGGAGGAGGAGGGGAGGGGGAGUUGGUGCAGGAGGGGGAGGUGGUGA